UCGGCAGAUAUUGGCUGAUCAUUUAUCCCACCUUAACCUCACUCUCUUCGCUUUUAUCUCUUGUAUAUUUUCCUUGUCUGUUCUACAUUUGAAGUGCAGUUGUGUUUUCUUGGUGUUUUGAAUAUCGGACAGAUAGACUUUCAAUAUGGCUUCAGCUGGACAGCGACUCACUUCGGUGUUGGGGCACCUCAAUCCCUUAUCUUCGGAAAGCAGUGGAAAGGCCAAGCUUCUUCAGAAGAACCCAGAUGAUAUUGUUAUAACAUAUGCCGCCAGGACUCCCCUCACGAAAGCGAGGAAGGGCGGUCUGAAAGACACUCAAAUCGACGACCUCCUGAUCUCACUCCUCACUUCCGUCCGCGAAAACAUGAACAUCGACCCCUCCCUAAUCGAAGACGUCUGUCUCGGCAACGUCCUCGCCCCCUCCCAAGGCUACGUAAUCCGCUCCUCCGUCCUCGCCGCCGGCUUCCCCGCCACCUCCGCCGCCUCCAUCGUGAACCGCUUCUGCUCCUCGGGCCUCCUCGCCAUCCAGCAAAUCUCCAACCAGAUCAUCGCAGGCUCCAUCGAAGUCGGGCUCGCUGUAGGCGCAGAAAGCAUGUCGACUUGUCCCGACAACGGCGCCCCGCAAGCGAGCGCCAAAAUCACGAGUCAUCCCCUCGCGAGCCAGAAUGAGCAGCCCAUGGGCCAGACGAGCGAGAAUGUUGCGGGGGAUUUUGGCAUUAGUAGACAGGCUAUGGAUGAGUUUGCGGCGAGGAGUUUUCAGCGUGCGGAGAAGGCGCAGAGGGAGGGGUGGACGAGGGAUGAGAUUGUGCCUGUGGAAGUCUCGUUUACUGAUCCCAAGACUGGCGUCACGUCUCAGAGAAUCAUCGUUGCGGAUGACGGUAUUCGAGCUGGUACUACUGCUGAGUCGUUGGGCAAGAUUCGUGCUGCCUUCCCGCAGUGGAAACCGAGUCAGACCACUGGCGGAAAUGCGUCGCAGAUUACUGAUGGAGCGGCGGCUGUGCUGCUUAUGAAGAGGAGUAAGGCUGCUGAGUUGGGCUUGAAGGUUAUUGGGAAGUUUGUACAGGCUACGGUUGUGGGGCUUGAGCCGAGGAUCAUGGGAAUUGGUCCUGCGUUUGCUAUUCCGAAAGUUUUGGGGAAGGUAGGGUUGAAUAGGGAUGAUGUGGAUGUUUUUGAGAUUAAUGAGGCGUUUGCCAGUAUGGGUGUCUACUGUGUAGAGAAACUUGGCUUGGAUCCAGCGAAAGUCAAUCCACGAGGCGGAGCAAUAGCUCUCGGCCACCCUCUCGGCUGUACAGGUACCCGACAAGUAGUGACUGCGCUUUCCGAGCUCAGGAGACAAGAUAAGAGGAUUGCUGUGACGAGCAUGUGUGUUGGAACUGGCCAAGGAAUGGCAGGUGUAUUCGUGUCUGAGCACUAAGUGGGACGAGGAAAGGGACAGAACACAAGAUCUCACCUGUGUGUUAUAUCACGUGACUGUUGUGGACGUUACCUUGAGGUUUGAUGCAGAUUUAGUCUCAUUUCCACAGCGCAAAGUCUACUUCAUUGUAUUCACUAUCAAUACCCACAUUCUACUCUUGAAGAUUAGUGCCCCGAUUUCAAUACAGGUGCUCAGCAAGUAUAAAUUGCAUUCCAAUUCCGUCACCAACAAGACCUGCAGAUUGCCGACCGAAAGACACAGCAUGAGGAAUUGUCUCGCCCAACCCCAGACAAUAAAACUCCUUGUCGCAUUUAGAUCACAGUUCCUACCUCCACACCUUACUGCCAAGCACUUGCAAAUGUUUUCGUUCGACGUAAUGGUUGGGCCGUGUUGGUGUUCAAACCUCGCUGGGCUAGCUGGUUUUCGCUGUCAUACUUAGCUCUAUUGCCAUGUUCUCUUCUGCUGUCAACCCAUCAUUCUCCAAAGAAUAAUCAGCUAUGAAUGCUAGGGGCAAGAGGUCUUCAAUCUCUAACCAUCAGCACAACAGUCUGUUCAGAGUGAGAAGUUCGACCGUACUAUUCACCAACUUUCAAAAAUCGAGCUGUUCUUGUCGUAACAAUCAACAUUCA